CCACACUUACGGUCCUACAAAGUAAGAAACUAAACAAUCGAAUCUCGUUAUCAUACACUUCUGACGUUAAUCAUGUUUCUGGCAUGGAAAUGACAUAAGAGCCUUAUGUAUCCACCACGUUUUUGAGCUCCGCCAUUUUAUUUAGUAGGUUGCGAGCAUUAGUAUAGCAUACCUUUAAUUAUGUGAAAUACCUUCCCCCACCACCCAGAGUGCUUCGGGCAUCGUUUGGCUCCGAACUUUCACAAUGUAGAAACCUUUAAGUACAGGGUUUUUAAUGUUCCGUCGGCGCUCAUUUAUUUCUGUCUCUGCCGAUCGUCCCUGCAAAGGAUCAAGCAAACUGAAAUCCAAACGGGCACAUGUUCCUGAUCCAGUCAGUUUGCGUGAAUUUUUCAAUAUUAGGUUUCCUUUCCUCGACGUCUGCAUCAUAUCCUCAUUGUUUAUCAAUAAUGCUGCACAAGUACAUGAAAGUUUACACCUCUUCCAGAAGUUCAUCAUGCAGUUUUGUUUGGUUGAUACUCUCUGUUUUGUUUAUCAGGAUCUUGAUUUUUACCUCAGUCAUGCUGCUGCUACAUUGGCUGUCUUCAUCUACGUUUGCUGCUAUUUAUAGAGUAAUAGGGAUAAAUCAUAUACAAAUUUCAAGUCAUCCAGUUGCGUUCGAAUUCGCUGUUUUUCCCAAGAUCUGGUCUUUAUAAUAUAGUCAACAACCAGAAAAAAGAAAACGUAAGAGUAGGCAGCUUUGUCUGAUAUUAGUCUUCAUUUGAAAUGCAAUUGUAAGCUUGCAUUUGCAUACAAUUGCAUGCAAUUGUAAGCUCCCGACCGUUGUUGCUACCUU